CAGAAAGUCCAGCAACUCUGGUUCUCGAAAAGAAGUUUAUUUCUCCAACAAGAAAAAAAAAAAAGAAAAAAAGAGAAAACGGAGGAAAAUGGCCAGAGCUCUCCUGCUGUCUUCUCGUUUUCUUCCUUCUGAAACUCGAGAAGUGAGUGGGGUUUUGAAGGAUUUUAGGAGCUCAUUCUACGGCAAACUGAUAUGCAAUCAGAAUUCUGUGAGCAGAAAGUUUGAUAUGAUCAAUAAAGGUUCUGUUAUUGUUGCAUCAGUGCUUGGAAGGAGGGUGAAAAGGGGAGAGACUGUGAUUCCUGACCCGGAUUAUCGGAUACCAAUUGUCCUACUUGGUCUAGCUGGAGGUUUGGCUUAUACAGAUAAUCUGUUACCAGCUGCACCAGUUGGGCUGCUUGGAUUACUUCUACUUUUUCAGACUACCAGAGUGAGAUUUGUCUUCGAUGAGGAGGCUUUGGAAGUCAGAAUAGGUGACCAGCUUGCUGAAUCAGGCGAGAAUGUCUUUGUAGGAGGAAAAAAUCGAUGGAAAUAUUCAACCUUUGUGAAUUGGGAACUUUGGUGGCCAAAUUUCCCUGUUCUUGUUUAUUUCAAAGAGACGCAAACGAAACCUGAAGGACAAGUUCACUUCUUCCCUGUUAUUUUUAAUGGCAAACAACUUUAUGAAGUUAUGGUGGAGAGAGCAGGUCCUUCCAAGACUAGUGGGCCGAAAGAAGCAUGAAGUCUUGAUCUCUGUGAUUACUUUCUUAUGUUUGUCAUUUGAAACUAGAAAUGUAUAGUCUACUGAAUUGAAUCCUACAAAGAUAUUGAGGUGAAUUCCAGCCGUGGAGAUGAAUUUGAAGAGUAAAAGCCCUGUAAUAUUCGUUUUAGACUCUGAAAAAUGUUUAUAUAUAGAGCACUUUGUUUCUUUUCUGUA